AGUCAAAAGAAGAUAAAUUUUACUGGUCCACACGAAAAACCCUCAAAUCGCACAUGCAUAGCUGUGCACCAUUCAGGUCUUCAGAGAGUCAGUUGGGGAAAGUAGGGAGAUUCAAACUUCAUUUCAAAUCCUUGAGACUCCACCUGCAAGCUGAGUCAGUGACAUACAAACACACACAUAAAAACUCUUCCUGGAGAUGAUGAUGUCUCGAUUGCGUCCCUCACUCCCUCACCUGUUGUCGGUGAGGCUGCUGGGUACUGGGACCUCCAGGACAGUGGCGGUCAGGCAGCCGGACCUUCUCUCUGCGACUCUGGCCUUUGAGGAUCCCAGCGCCUUCAGGGUAAAGAGUUGGGGUGAGCUGCUCCGUGCUCUGGGCAUCUUCCGCCUCUGUUCCUUCCCUGUGCUUGUCAACAACUGUGGGAAGCUGAUGUCGGUGGCGCGCACCCUCCUGGGGAGGAGGGGGUUCUCUUUGCUCUUGCGGCCCACCGUGUAUGCACAGUUUGUUGCCGGUGAGAAUGAGAGUGAGAUCUCUCAGUCCAUGGAGAAGAUGAGCUUGCUGGGACUGAGGCCCAUGCUGGCGGUACCAAUUGAGGAGGAUCUUGGGGAGAGCACCGGCGAGAAGAGAUAUGACGACAACAUGGAGGCCAUGUUGGAGUGUGUGCGGAUAUCACACAGCAACGCCUGGAGCAAAGACCCGAUGAUGCAGCUGAAGAUGACAGCUCUGCUCAGCCCGGAGCUGUGUGUGAAACUCACAACCCUCAUCAACCAACGACCAUAUGACCUGAAUCUUCUAGUCAGAGCUAUGGAUGGAGAGCCAAUCAAAUUCCCUGGUUUAGAUGAACGUGAAGUUGCCCAUUUCCUCUGUGGCCUGCAGAGACUCAACAAAAUAGCAGAGGCAAGCGUGAACAAAGUCAGAGUCCUGGUUGAUGCGGAGUACACCUACAUGAAUCCUGCACUCUCUCUUGUCACCAUGGCGAUGAUGAAGAAGUUCAACAAAGAUGGUACCUGGAUUUGGAACACAUAUCAGUGUUACCUCAAGGAGUCCAGGUCGCUCCUAUUAGAAGCUCUGCGGCUGUCAAACAAUGAGAGUUUCUGUCUGGGGGUCAAGUUGGUACGAGGAGCCUAUAUGGACAAAGAGAGGAAGCUAGCAGAUAAGGAGGGUCGCAUGGAUCCCGUUCAUAAGUGCUGGGAGGACACCAAUGACAGUUACAACGGCUCACUGGAUGUGAUGCUGGAAGCCAUUUCACAGAAACCUGAGCGGUACAGGAUCAUAGUCGCCACUCACAACGAGGAGUCAGUGAGACGAGCAGCCAAACGAAUGGAAGAGUUGGGGGUUGACAGUGAUGGAGGCUCAGUGUGUUUCGGCCAGCUGCUGGGCAUGUGUGAUCACGUCUCCCUCACACUGGCAAAGGAGGGCUAUGCAGUAUACAAGUCAGUGCCAUAUGGCUCAGUGGAAGACACGCUCCCCUACCUGGUGCGUCGGGCUCAGGAGAAUCGCACCGUGUUGCAGGGGAUUCGCAAAGAGAGGGACCUGCUGAGGAAAGAGCUCUACAGAAGACUGAGCCUGAGGGGAGGCAGCCAAUAGGCCACCUGCUCAGAGGGAAAACCCCUUUACACCUCAAAUUAAUAUGUGUCUCUUGUCCAGAUUGUAUAUCGAGAUAAUCUGAUUACAUUCACACCCAAUAUUAUUGCUCCAGUGUUCACAUUGACAUUAAUUGAGAUCUGAUCGCUCUCUCUGAAAGGGCUCGGUAGAACCCACCAGCGCUGCAUUAUGUAUUAUCAGCCUCAAGACAUCGCCAUUGAGGGCCAGAGGGCCCAAAAAUGUGACUCUGAAGAAGAUCUACACUCGCACACACACAGCGGGAUGAGGAGAGGAGACACCGAACGCAGAACUCAUAUUAAUGCCAAGUGUAAAGGGGAUCAAUGAAGAGGCCUUGGUGCUGAGCCACUGGACACACUUGUGUUAAGGUUCGGAAUCAGGAAAUGUUGUAGAAUAAGAAAUCAACAUGGGAACAGUUGGCCAAUUGAAUGUUAAAAAUCCAUGCACACUUAAAUAUUUCCUGAGUUGUUAUGUUUGCAAUAACCAAAGCGCUCAUAUGAAAGCCUAAUCUUCUGUAUGCUGAUGAAGAAUUAAAGUGAAUGAAAUUAAUCCAAUGAUUAUAUGACAACCGAGAACAAUUAGUGCAACACUGUUUUGUUAUGUGUAACGGAAAUUUGUUCAAAUACAUGUAUAACUGUUGCUGUCAUUACAAACUGUCAAUAUCUUUAUGUUUUAUAGUAAAUUACGUAAAUGUAUUAAAUAGUUCUUUUCAUUUUGCCCGCCGGUGAAACAGUUCUUUUAACUUUUGGUAAAACCACAAAAUAAAGGGAAACUGUUAAAGCCUUCAAUCCUUUGUUCGCUAACUAAGAGGCUACAUCAUACAAAACUGUAUUUGUAUACAAACAUGUAAUCAAACAACAAAAGCUGUUUUUAGACAGUUUUGAAGCAACAAAUAAUUAGCAAUUAAA